GUUUCACCUUGUGCAGAGAAUAACCGCGCACAUCCUCGAAUCCAUUAUGGCCCAAGUGUUAUGCGGGCCAUUGACUGCGCAUUGUCCAGUAUGCCAUUCGAUGAGUUAUAUGGAGCCUUGCAGCAUUAUGCUGCUUCACCGCCGCAUUUGCCCCCUCUGAGCGAACUUACUGUUGUAGAGUUAAGUUGCCGUUGGUGUGGGGCCACUGGUUUCGCCAGCCGCAACCAAUUAUUUGCCCAUGUUCGAGCUUCCAAGGAGUGCACCGAGUCUGCAGCAAGGGAACAUGUGGGUGCCUUUGAGGUCUUGGCUGCCAACGGGAAGCAACGCUCGGCCGCACUUCUGAUUGGUUAUUAUCAAGAUGGUGCGAACGCUGAGAAGCAUAUUGUGAAUUCCUUUGUAGUCUCUGGGGCUCGGGAUGUCCGCACGCAUCGAGCCAGUGCUGGGCAACAGGAGGUGUCUUGCGCGGCGCUUGGUGACGUUUUCACCGUGCACUUUUCAUCACCACUUGCCACAGAAACUUUAUCCAAUUGUCGCGAGUCUCGGAUGCGUUUGCCAAUCUGUCUGCAGAAUCCGGUCGUCGGCCCCUGGACCUCAAAGCGUCCACGCCCCUACGGCGGACAGAAGCUUUCGAUGCCGGGGUAUCGUGUACGCAGCGGACUUACGUCUAUGUGUUACCCUUGAGUGUCAUGUUUUUUGAUAAUGGUGGGCCUGGGGUGCGCCCCACGACCCCGACAUAUACUUGUAGUGGGACCACACCGAGCAAUCAGCACGUAAGGGAUGUGGACCCAAGGUGGAGGGAGGUGGCAAAAGAUAUUAAGAUGAUGUUCCGUGCGGUUCUCAGGCAGGAUGGUGACGAGGUCACCCAUCUUCCGAGAAGUUGGAACAAUUUUGGUGGCCCGCAAACCUCCAGGGAGCAUGAUUCUCAGUGUGCGACGUUCCAUGGAAUGCUGCACAAGUUCAAGCUCUCCCGUCUCGUUGCUUCGUGCGGUGAGUUUGCGAUUCUGCGCAUUUCAUCUGGCGACUUCUUUCCAGAACAGUGCCGCAAGUUGGUUGCGGCAGCUUUAUGUGUUCACCGCGGCUGGCUUCCGCCAGACUUUUUAUCCACAGCCACCCGCCCAGACGUGGUGCUGAGUAUUCCUUCGGCGCCUUCGCACGCCAUUUGCUUGGAGGAGUGCCGCUUCUUCCACUGGGAGCGAAGCAAUGGUGAGGGUCGAUUAUCGAACGAGGACACGUCAGGGGACUUGCUGCAGCACUGCGCAAGAGUGAGCGAAGAGUGUCCGGCUGCUUCUUGGAAUCUGUGGCUCCAUCACCUGGAGACCGUGGACGCACCCCUGCUCCGCCAGCAGCUGGACGGCGUUCGCUCCCGGGAUGCCCUCGCGAGCGGCGCGACCCCGCUGCCCCGCGCGCCUCUGCCCACGACCGCGUGCCCGAGCGCCUACGUGGAGAUCCUGGCCCUGCUCCGAUAGGCUGCGGCCUCCGACGCCUGGCCUCGCAGCUCCGCGGCGCGCGCCAGCUACAGGGGCAGGCCUGCCUGCCUGCCUGCCCACCACCGGCCGGCCUGAGGUCGGACACGUCUCAUUUACAGGAGAAGUCUUCAAAAAGCAGUCUAGAUAUACUUAGUCUGGGGACGCUCUUCGGACUCUUUUGGGCCGCUUUUUGUUGUCUGCUUGUCGUUACAACUCCGCCUGCAGGAGGACACGCCCGACUUAACAGCGGCUGGCCCAUGGCGAGUGCUGCGGCGGUCGCGGCCAGCGCCGCGCACGGCAGAGCUCUGCGCCGUGGGCCCCUCCUGGGCGUCCUGCGCUCCGAUCUUUCCGCGGCGUGGGCCUCCAGACCUCCGGGGCCAUUGCUCCUCCUCCCCCUCCUCCUCCUCGCCUCCUCCUUCUCC